AUGGCUCAACAAGCAACUGCAUCCUCAAGGAUUGCAUCUCUUAUUUUGAGAAUCUUUACCUUCAUUCUCUUGUUGACAUCACUUAUUGUGCUUGCCACGAACUCCAUAGGAUCCAGCGAUGAUGACUCCAAAGUUCGUUUUACCGAUUUUUAUGCCUACCGAUACAUGCUUGCUACAAUUGUCAUCGGCAAUGCAUAUAGUCUCUUGCAACUUGUACUCACAAUCUUUAAUAUCGUACGCGGCGGGGAUGGCAUGCCCUUCCUUGACUUCUUUGGUGACAAGUUGAUAUCAAACCUUCUAGCAACUGGUACUGGUGCAGGGUUUGCCGCAACUGUAGACACAAAGCGAUUGACGGACGCUGAUCCUCGAUUUGAGUCGAUUGACAUUGGGGAAUUUUAUGACAAGGCAUAUGCAUCAGCUAGCCUCCUUCUCCUCGCAUUUUGCUCCACUGCAAUGUUAUCCAUCAUCUCUUCCUAUACACUCCCAAAGAGAGUUUGA